CCCCAACCAGCGUGGAGUGCUUUCACCGCGACGAUGACGACGAGUGCCCCCUCUUGUUGGGUUGGUCAGGCAUGGAGCAUGGCAUCUGUGAGGUCGGCGCUCCCAUCCGUCUCCUCUACUCCAUGUCCUACCUUCCGAUUCCCGCGUACAACCACCUUUCCUUCGUCUGUGCAACUCCGCUUUUCUCAGCGGAAACUCAAGGCUCUUCCAUCUUUAACGGGCCUCUCUCUGGACAGUCAUCUUCUCUCUUUCGGUUCACGGCAAGAUUACCUCUCUGAGUAUAAUCUCACUAUUAUUGACAAUGGCGGUAGAUUCUUCGCCAUGAGACACGGGAAGCGAGUGCCCAAACUCAACAGGCCUCCUGACCAGCGUCGGGCAUUGUUGCGAGGUCUCACAACUCAGCUCCUUAAACAUGGUAGGAUCAAAACCACUAGAGCAAGAGCGAGUGCCGUGCGCAAGUAUGUCGAUAAGAUGAUCACUUUAGCGAAAGAGGGAACUCUUCAUAAGAGGAGACAGGCUUUGGGUUUCAUUUACGAGAAGCAGAUUGUCCAUGCAUUGUUUGCGGAGGUCCAAGAUAGGUACGGAGAGAGGAAUGGAGGGUAUACGAGAAUCAUCAGAACGCUGCCAAGGCGAGGGGACAAUGCACCCAUGGCCUACAUCGAGCUUGUCUAGGUACUGUUCGUCUAUUUUUUAAAUAGAUAGAUAGAUAGAUUUUGGUUGUUGAACAAUAUUAUCGGGGGCCUGAUAACGAUGUUGUUAGCUUGUCCGGCCUAUAAUUUGUUCAAGUUCAAGAGAGGCCUUUUACUCGGUUAUGUAUGGUUUUACAUGCACGGUUCUCA